GGAGGGGACGCAGCAGCCUGCGAGGGGCCUGGCCAUCCAGCGUUGGGGAACAAGACUGCAGGCCGGGCAGGAACUCAUCUGCUCCCGCCAUGGGGGUGACGGUGGAGGCGCACACAGUUUACAGAUACCCCUUCGAGUAUGUGGUGGCGAGCUAUCUCCGAAAGUAUCCCAGUCCUAUGGAGAAGCAUGUCACAGCUGUAAAAACAGUAGAAGAGAAAACAGAUUUGUCCUCAGGGAUUAUAUACCGGAGAAGAAUUGCAACAUGCCAGAAUGUAAUUCCACAGAUUUUAAGAAAGCUCAGCGUCCUAAAAGUUUCUGAUGUCUACUUAGAAGAGGAAUCUUGGCUUAAUGUGCAAGAAAGAAUUAUGUCUAUGAAGACUCGUUGCCUUACCUGGACCCAGUAUGCCUCUCUAAAAGAGGAGUCAGUCUUCAGAGAAAGCUUGGAGAAUCCAAACUGGGCAUUACAAUCAUGGAGUUGCUUCUCCAAGAACAGUUUGGGAGUCCGUUUUUGUAAUGAGCAAAAAGAGGUGAUAUCACAAAGCUUGAACCAUGUCAAUAUGUCCUUAUUCUUGAAGAAGUUUCUUGACACUCUUUGGGUUAUCAUUUUAAUGAAGGAAUGAGCAGGGAGCAAAAAGAUAAUGGCCUACACGCUAUUCAAGAAAUAUAAUGAAAUGGGGUUCUUCAAAAAUCUAUGCCUAGGAGUGAUCAUGGCAUACAUUUGCCCUUGAGUUUUAAACUAUGCAUUCAGAGGAAAUAAGAAAUGAAGAACUAACCCUCAAACUUGUGCUUCUGUGGAGAUGCAGUCAGCCCAGAGGAACUGCUGGGCAAGAGAGACAUUUUAUUGAUUAUGCCCUGUGACUUUUUAUCACGACAAGCUGCCAUGUGUACAUUAUUUUCUUUACUCAAAAUGCUGGAUUUGUUGAGUUUUUUUGCCAAAACUGUGCAUCAGAUUCCACAACGAUUAUACUUGUCUCUCAGGUGUGGCAAUAUAUCCCUCUAAAAUGUGCAUAACUAAAACAUUGCCAGUUUUCGAAGUCUGCAGAGGCUUGACGCCAUAAGUCUAAAAAUGCUAACGCCAUUCCAACCUUGCUUGAGUUUCACUCAUUUAAGUCCACUGAAGUUAACGGGCUUAGAAAUGUGUGGCCCUGCUUAGGACAGGGCUCUUAAUGGAUGAUGAAUUCCAAUAGUGAUAGUUUUUAGAUGGUAGCCUUGUGUUGUUUUUUUUAUUCAGCGGUGGUAAGUUUAACAGGUAGGUUUUAAAGGACACUCAAAAUAAACAUCCCUCAGAGUAAUUCCUAUGUUUACUGACUUUUGUGAUCAGAAGAUCAUGGCCAUUCCUCUUCCUCCUCUUUUAUAGUUCUGCUGCUCUUUCAAAAGGUUUAUCAGUUAUUUGGUUACAGAAAACCUUCUGUCUUUCCUGAAUAUCCUUCUUUGAAAGUAAAGCAGAUCUGGCCAAAGUCUUAAACUUUACUAUAACAUUUUGUAUAGAUGGAUCUGAUGAGUGUAUCACACUGCUAAUAAUAAAUAUCUGCAUUUGUAAAAAAAAUUCUGCUGUAUUGGGAUCAAUUUUGUUGAUACCGUAAGUACAAGCGUUGGAAGGAAUAGUUAAUAUCUCACUGAACUGGCAUGUUCUCUGCAUUGGAUAGGUACUGUAAACAUGCCACAGUUUGUUGGAUGAUGCUUAAGUAAACACCCAGUAUGAAUAUCUUAGAAAUGUUUAAGUCUUGGCUAAAUAAAAAAAAUGUUCAGGAGUAGCAGGAAGGAUGCUGUUUUGUCAUAAAUAAUAAAAUCAUGUCCUUUUCAA